CGGGUCUUGUUUUUAUACCCGAAACGAGACCCUUUCUGUGUGACGUGCAGUUGUGAUGGUGAAGCUGCGAGUGGCAAUCCGGAAGAUUGCGGAUUAUAUACGCCAUGAUUUGAAGGAGAUUGCUCUUCCUUCCUCUCUUCCGGAUCCACCAUCGUACAUGGCACAUCAGGGAAGACGAUUAACGCCUGCGGAGCGGAUGCAGGUGGUUCGAGAAGCGUGGGUGCUGUACAAGGCAAGUUGGAGGCACACCUUAUGGGGACAGGAACUAGAGGUGAACGAAUCCGGAAAGAAGAAAAAGGAGGACGAGCCCACGCUGGCUGAGGAGUUGUGCGCUUUGAGUGCAUUUGCACCAGCCACCAGCAUGUGGAGUCGGGAGUUGCCUGCUUCUUUCUGCAUCUGGCAUAUUUAUCUUAAAUGAUAGUGGGUGGAGGAGAUCAAUCAACAACCCAGGCCUCUGCUCUGCUGUGGCAGGUGUGAUGCGGGUGUGCACUUUGUUCAGGGCAUUCAGUAUUUUAUAUUGUUGCCCAGGAGGAGGCUGCUGCCUGUGUCCCGACAUUGGGAUUGAGGCUCUUGUCGAUUUCCCGGGCCGCCGCCUCCUUGUGCAAGACUAAGUCUCUGCUGUUAUCCCUCUGCGUGAUUGCAGAAGAUAGAUGAUGGCUUCGUCUGUGCACGCAGAGCACGCUGGCAUCUUGUGGCCGUCAUGUGGUCCACGCCAGCUUGACUACUUGCCAUGUCAGCGUGACCAUUUGCCAGGUCAGCGUGACAAUGUCACUCGUCCGCAUUGCGAGUAUCGGAUGCCAGUGGUAAUUCGAGGGCAUGCCAGGUUGAUUGCCUCCGCUGCCGAUGAUUGCCAGUGCCCAUGCAGCAGAAGAAGAAAGGCUAGACUUGGCGUGCUUCUGUCUCCAUCUGACACGCCGCCACGUGUAUCAAUUCCAACGAGAACUGUGGCUCCGAUGACAUGUACCUCCCUGAAAUGGCAGCAGACCUGUGUCACCAAGUCUCGUUUCCUAAAAUGGCAACUCAAGGACGGCUUUGAACGCUUUCUGCCUCGCGGCAACGACAGCAGCGCAUUUCAAGCCGGCGGUCUUGCGACGAGCAAUAGUGGUUGCGGGCGGCUCCUCUGGUCAUUGUGCUGGAUGAAGAAGAGCGGGUGGAGGAGGAGGGGGAGGAGAUGUUCUCCGCUCAUCACCGGGCCUCCAUCUCUUGUCAAAAGUAGCUCUUUUCAUACUACCAGUAGUCGUACAGGGCAUAGAAGAGUGAUGGUGGCACACGAUCAUGGUGAUGACGAUGGGGYUGAUGCUGGUGUUAUUUAUGGGCCCGUGCGUGCCAGGUCUUGCGUCCCAGCAGCAGCAGCAGCCGCURGGCCUGCCGGUAUUUUCUCCUCAUCUGCGAGAUACGUCUCCCUGGCUGCUCCUGCUGCCAGCUCAGUAGCAGCAGCGACAGCAGGAGAAGGAGCGGCAGAAGUAGCUCGAGAAGUAGCAGGCGUAGUAGCAGGAGAAGGAGCAACAUUGCGAACAUCAAUGGUAGGGCAUCUGGGUGGAGAAGAUGAGGAAGAGACGUCGGAGUCUGUAUCCCGAGGGAGCAUGCGUGAGUUGCAAAUCGAAGCUUCGCGGAAGAUUCGUGAUUUGGCACGCCGGAGUAAUCUGUCGGAGGCUCUUAAGGUUAUGGCCAAACUGCAGAAAGAAGGGGUUCAGCCGGACACCAUAGCCGUGUCGUCGCUAAUCGCAGUGUGCGUGAAGACUGGCAACAUGUCAAGAGCGCAGAGCAUUUUCGAUACCGCGUUCAGUAGGAAGAGAGGAGGGAAGAAGGAUGCCGAGGAGGGGGAGGAGGAAAAGGUGGUGGAAGAGGAGGAGGAGAAGGAGGAGGUGGGGGUGUUGAGGCCUGAUGCUGUGGUGUUUGGCAUAUUGGUAAGGGGUUAUGGUGCAAGCAAAACCCCGCAGUGGGGCAAGAUCUCGCAAUUACUUGCUUCGAUGGAAAGGGACUAUGCAUUGAAACCCUCUACGUCAGUGAUUAAUGAAUUGCUGCAAAUCUGUGCCCAACAGAACGACACGGAGCGUGGGAUAGAGCUGAUUGACAAAAUGAGAAAGGCAGAUUUGAUACCGGAUUAUCUCACAUGGGAGGCUGUGAAGAAGCGCAAGCUUCUACGGAGUCACUUUCGCAAAGUUUUUGGUGGUUUGUUGUGAUGGCGAUGGUGAUGAUGAUUAUGACGUGCUGCUUUGUUCUUCCUCUCUGUAGUCUCUCCUCUCUCUGUGUCCUUUCCUUUCUGUUCCUCUACUGUCUCUACUCCCUCUUCUGGGCUGCGCUGCAUUCCUGCCCCCCUUCCCUCCCCCCUCCCUGCUCCCCUUUCUCUCCCACUCAGCCCGACUCCUUGAUGCCAAGUUGCCUUUCUUGCCCCACGUAUACGCCCGGCUUCGUUGGCAUCCCACCACGGCCUUUUGAUGUCUUGGCCGGAAGGGCAGAAGAGAAAGGAAGAGUUUCCUUCUUCUGGUCCUUUCUUGCCGCUCGUUCGUAAAGGGGCAAAAAACCCAACCAAGGCAUUGUCUUCCUGCUCCUUCCUCUUCCACGCUACCUACCCCUUUCCCUGUCUGUCUCUCUCCCCCCGUCCACCUCCAGAGUUCUGUUUUUAAUUUGUACAUAACAUCGUCCUCUCUUUUAAUUUGUACAUAACAUAGUCCUCUCUUUUAGUUUAUACGUAACAUUAUCCUCUCCCUCGCCUGCAUUCUGCUGCGCGUGAAAUUUGAGGGUCGAACUAAUCAAUGCAAUGUUUCAUC